AGAGUGCGCGAAGAAGACCACAUCGUUGCACCUACGUUGUUGUAGUCGUGGUGUUCGUCGGUGACGGUCAUCGAGUAAACGGACGAAGCGAGUAGAUCGACAAUAGUGAAUUUUCUCUUAUAAAGAAAGAGAGGGGAUGGCUAGGAGUUAGAAGGAGGGGUGGGGAGGGAGAGAGGAAGAAUUGUGUCUGUAGGGGUGGGUAUCCGUUCAUCCCUUGUGCGUUCACCCCCGCGGUAGCAGGACUGUUAGUAGUAGAAAUAUCAGAACGAGCAGCACCGGCGCUUUCAACCACCAACCACCACCACCACCACCAUCAACCACCUCCAUAACCUCCACCACCACCACCACCACCACCACCACCACCGGCAGCAGCAUCGUCGUUCCCUUUGCGACCUGCUCCGGUUCUCUCGCGCGAGAAACGCGCGCGGACUCUCGCGCUGCGUUCCAUGAGAGUAACUCGGAUUUACUCGCGAGAGAUCUGUUUGAGAUAAUAGUGUUAAUAGCUAUUAAUCUAAUUAGUUAAGAAGAAAAAGGAAUAUAUAUAUUCCUGAAUCGUGUUGCCACACACGAUUCGGGACCGUACUUCUUAUUUAUAACAUUUCUUCUAUCUUAACCACCAUCAACCAACUAACCAACACCACCACCAACUGCUACUACUGGAAAUUUCGUUAGCGUGAUCAUCAUCGGUUCGUUCACCGUGUGACUUUAUCUCUUUCUCUUGGGGUUAUGUCUACCUUAUUAUACGCAAAUAGUAUUCGUAAUAGUAAUAAUAAUAAUAAUAAUCGUAGUAAUAUUGCCAACGUGUACGCUUGUGUUAACGGGAGUGCCGGCAAAGAAGAAGAAGAAGAAGUAGAAAACGUAAAGUGUACCAUUAUUAUUCUUCAUUAUUAAAAUAAUAAUAAUAAUAAUAAUAACAAUAAUCAUCAUCAUCGUCGUCGUCGUUUGACGUCAUCUAGGAGUCUAACCAAAAAAGAAACAAAAAAGAAAGAAAAAAGAGAGAAGGAGAGAUUUAUCGUCGAAUAAAUAUUAUUUGAAUAUAGAAAUAAAGGAAAAUAGUGGAAAAGACAUAGUGCAGAAUAGGAGGAAGAAAUGUCCGCGAUGUCGCGGGGUCCGCCCCGCGCUCGCGGACCCACGCGGAUCAUCGAGAGGACGACGCCUAAUCUUGGAAGAGGUAGAACAAGAGGAGGAAUCAUCCUCAAUAAUAUUGUCAACCUUAAAUUCGUCCUCUUGGUUAUCCUCGUCACUGUAUUCACGCCCCCGGUUCUUGCUGAGAAAAGCAAAGAAUAUCAGAUGAGCGAUAUUUGUAAGAAAUAUUUCAUGCGAGAUCUCUACAGAAAAAUAGACGGUGCAGUAUUAACCUCUAAACACGAACGUGAUCUCGAUUGUGCAAUCACCUUUCAAACGCACAGCAUCCUUCAACGUUUCAUGCUACGAUUUGAUCAACUUCAACUCGAUUGUAACGAUCAUCUUUACAUCUACGAUGGUGCACACGCGGUUGGUAGUUAUAAGGCUGACCUGUCCUGCAGAAACACGAAGAACAGCGUUGGUGCGAUUUAUACGCGUACCAACUUCGUGACGUUGAAAUAUGUCACCGACGCCUGGGGUACCAACAUGAAUGGCUUCCGUCUCGUCAUCACUGCCGUCAAGGAUCCCAAACACACCUGCAAGGAUUUUCGUUGUACUCAAAACGAAUUUUGCAUAGAAACGGAUCUACUUUGCGACGGUGUCAAUCAUUGUGGCGAUGGUUCCGAUGAAGCAACCUCCACUCUCUGUGCCAAUUCCGAGGCAUCAACGAUCCUGGGCAUGCAAACGACCUGGUUCGCAGCUGCCUUCGUUUUCUUGCUCCUGUCUAUGACUGGUCUGAUUACAGCAGCAGUUUUCUGCUUUUGUAGACAACGAGCCUCGACCCCGAGGCACCCCCAUAACGCGCACAAUGCUCAGACUCACCCCCCUGUCAGCUUCCCAUGGAUUCGAAGCUCGUGGUGGAGGUGCGCUCGAUACGUGCUUAUCCAUCGUGAAGUUUCCCUGAGCAGCUACAAGCAACACGUUUCACUGUGGACAGUUUCGUCGCGAAGCUCGUACGACAAAGUUCUACACUUGCUACUAUUUCUGUUCCACUUAUUACACUUCAAAGAGGACGACACGAAGAAUAAGAAGAAAGAUCAAGCUAAAAAUAAUAAGGAGAAGGUGGAAGAGGAAGAGGAAGAGGAGAAAAAGAACAAAAACAACAUUAACGAAGAAGGAGGAGGAUAUAUAACUAGAGAAGUCUUCAACAGUAUUAACAGCAGCAGCAGCAGCAGCAGCUUUUUCUUCCUCUUCUUCUUCUUCUACUACUUUUUCUCAAGUUUGAGAAAACUUGGAUCAAUGAGAAGAAAAUCUUGGAAGAUGACGUCUCACGAGAAUACGACUAUUAUUAAUACGACAAGAAAUAGAAAUAGUUAUAAUCCGAUAAACAGAUUGUUAACAACUAUCGUAUUUUGUUUAAUCUUGUCAAUAAAUAAGAUCGAUGCUGUCCAAGAUAGUAACAAUAUAGUGAUCGGUAACGUUGACAAUGACAUUAGUAAGGAUUACUUCAUAGGACCUUGUUUAGUGAACACCAAUCAAACCUGUCCAGACGACGAAGUGACGUUCUUUUUAUAUACUAGAAAAAAUCUAUAUAAAGGACAACGUAUAGUUGUAUCAGAUACCGAUUCGAAUUUAGACGACACUAACUUCGAUUCUUCUAAUCCAACGAAGAUCAUAGUUCACGGUUAUAAUUCUGAUAUGCAAUUGAGUAGUUUGAUCGAUGUUAGAGAUGAAUAUUUGAAAAAGGGCGAAUACAAUUUGAUUGCUAUCGAUUGGCAUAGGUUAGCUGUUGGACCAUGUUAUCCGAUAGCUGUUCACAAUGUUCAACACGUCGGUGAAUGUCUCGCACAAUUAAUACGAAGAUUAGAGUUUCACGGUGCCAAGGAUUUACACGUCAUUGGGUUCAGUUUGGGCGCACACGUGCCUGCAUUCUCAGCUAAUUAUCUUAAACCUUAUCAAUUGGACAGGAUAACUGGAUUGGAUCCAGCAAUGCCGUUAUUCGUAACAGUUAGUGCACAAGACAAAUUAGAUCCUACCGAUGCUAAUUUCGUUGACGUUUAUCAUACUAAUGCUUUUAUUCAAGGCAAAGUUGAGCCAUGCGGUCAUAUUGAUUUUUACAUGAACGGUGGUAUUAAUCAACCCGGUUGUUGGGAAAACCGAAAUCCGUUUGGUUGUAAUCAUCAUCGAUCUGCAGAAUAUUUUGCCGAAUCCAUUAACUCGAAUAAUGGUUUUUGGGCUUGGCCUUGUCCGGGUUUUUUUUCCUACCUUUUGGGUCUGUGCCCACCAAGAUAUCCGGCUGUUUUAGCUGGGGAUCGAGUUGAUAGAAAAUUUAAAGGAUUUCAUCUGGUUAAAACUAAAUCAUCUAGUCCUUAUGCGGAAGGAAUGUUUAUUGUUAAUCCUCAGGAUGUUAAUUAUAAAAAAAAUACGAUCGUUUAGAUUAUAUAACACAUUUGAAAUCGGUAACGCAAUAGUAAAAAUAUUUUAUGUUAAUUAAGUUUUUUAUUCAUUUAUCGAGAUAAAAGAAUUUCUCGAUUUAGGAUUAUGUAAACGUGUAAAAAAUGGUAAAAAAGAUAGAAACAUCUAUAUAUAUAUAUAUGUGUAUGUGUGUAUGAAAGAUAUGUUAUGUAGGAUGAUAAACGUUCGAUAUUCCGUUUAAUAUUCACGCGUGUGUAAUAAAUCGUAGAGUACUGGUCAGGAUCGUUUUGUGUGUUUAUCGUGAGUCUAUCUCUUUCCCUCUUAUUCAUUCUCGUCGAGGGAGAAGAAUCUCUCGUUCCAAUUGCAGUACCAACAGCAACACCAGGUUUACACAAAACAUAUAUAUAUAUGAAUAUACGUGUGUACGAGUGAGUGUGUAUAUCGUAGACACCCGGUAGUGCUAAUCGAUAUAGUGCUCCGACGAGCGUAAUAGAACUAGGACGUGUAUAACAUACACCCGAAUAAAAAUUCUUUAUCGAUCCUUCCAUUCCUAUCGAAAUGUAGAUAAAAGAACGUUACUUCUGAACGUUAUGUACUAAAUAAGAUAGUUAUAUACGAGUGAUAAGGACAUAUGUCGAAUAGAAUGAUUAUUUAUCUAUUCUAGAAUUAUUUCAAUUUAUAUAAAUAGUACCACACUGUGAGAAACCGAAAUUAGAUAAUGUCAAUAUUCACAUGACCGUUUGGUAUAUGUCCGAAAUAUUAAUGGAAGUAUAAGAAUAAACCUAAAUGUUCGAUCUUUCACUGAUGUAUUUGGUAUAUGUUAACAAUUCACCAUGUGAAUCUUGACAUUAAACAACUUCGGUCUUUUGCGGUAAUAUAUAUAUACUAUAACUGUAUAUUUAUAACUAAUAUACUAUACAGUAUAUUAUACUGUAAUAUAUAUUAUAUUGAAUCGUUCGGAAAGUAAUUUCAUUUAUACAUCGAGACACUUACUAUUAGUUAAUUGUUUUUUAUCGAUUAGCAAAAUUUUACUUUAUACGUCUAAAAUCAAUUGACAUUUUAUAAACGUAGAUACGGUUUGGACGUAAAUUGUUUUUAUCUCAAGAGAUGUCCUACCCAUUGAUAAUAACAAAAUACAAUGAUAGUGUAAAUGAAAAACAACACUAGUAUUUAAUUGAAUUUGCGUUUCUUCCCAUUUUUACACAUUUUAAAUUGUCAAAUAAAACAUUAAAAAACGUUGGAAACUCAUGGUAACCAAAGUGGAGUAUAAUUUGAAAGUGCAAAGGGUUAAAACGUUAUUGCAUUACGAUUUGUCGAGUAGGUUUUUUUCUGUUUUUUUUCUUCUAAAAACGACGAAUCAAAAAAUCAACAUUUUUUGAUCGGAUUUAUUUCGUUUUAUUUUCCGAACGAUUUGACGAGACAUGCUUCGUUUCGUAGAAGUUUAUAAAAAUUGUUAAUUCUAAUAACAAUUAUUGUACACAAUUUGAUAUUUACGUCGAUAUUAUAUUCAUUAAUUAAUUUAAACGAUUUAUAUUAAUUAGAUCGAAUAUAUAUAAUAUACCCGAUCGAUGAUACGGGGGAAUAUAAUUAAAUAGAUACAUCUAUAUCAAUAAUACGUAUAAUUAAUUAAUCGAUUUAUUAUAUUAUCCGCAGUAAUUAUAAUAAUUAGUGACAUUAAAUCAAAUUUAAUAAAUUUUGUUUUGUUUUUAUAUUCAACGAAAGAUGAUGAUAAAUAAUUAAUGAAUGACUUUAAAUUAGGAUUACAUUAAUUAUUUUUAAUUACGUCAGCGGUAACAAAUGAUCAAAUUGAUCGAAAAUAAUUGAUUCAAUAUCAUUAGUAUUAUAUUUUUUCUUCUUUUUUUUUAUAAAAUUAGAAUAUUAACAUUAAACGUACCAUAUCAUGAGCGGUCAAAUGACCGGAUAAUGUAAUUUGUAAACAAUUCGGUGAAAUGUACAUUAUUCAUUUAUAAAUCAAAAAAAGGUAUAUAUUGUUCAUUAUCCAAUUGACAAAAAAUUCUCAUUCUCUAUCUGAAAAUAGAAUUAUAAUAUUUUUUUACCUCACGUAGAAAUAGAUAUAUAUUAAAUUUCGGUACGUUUAGUGUUAAUUAACCCUUUGAGUGCUGAAUACUUUUAACUGUAGUGUUUUCUAAAGACAAAAUAGUUUAUUAUUAGUGCGACUGUUUCCAUUGAUUGAUAUUAUUAACACACCAAAUUCUCUAAUAAUAAAUUAUAUAAUUAAUAAUGAAAGUUUUUGUUACUUAAUACAAUUUUCAUGUGAUAAGAUAAACAACAAUAAUCAAUACGCAAAACCAAUAUUACAUUAAUAUUGACAAAUCACGUUAUAUGUGUCGAUGAUAAACCACGCUUGCAACAUUUUACCAAACGCAUAUAUGCGUCCAUAACAGUCAAAGGGUUAAAAAUAACAAAACCAAAAAAAGAAAAGAGGUGAUUAGAAUUUUCCAAAGAGUAAAAAUGAUUAGAGAUUCGCUAUCUCUAAUGAUAAAAAAUAUAUUAAUCAAAUUUGCUUGAGCCCCAUGUUUGGAUUGUGUCCAAACAAUUCGUUAGUUGCCUAACGAGCAUCUCGUUACUCGUCACUACGUGAUAGUAAGAGGAAUGUAAAAAAAAAGAAAAAAAUACAGAAAAAAAAAAGACAUACAAAAAAGGAAA